AUGGCCACACAGCGACUGCUCGUCGCCACUCGGCCCACGCUCAGGCAUCUGCCCUUCCGGGCGGCCUCCAGCUUGCAGACUGACCACAAGGUGAUGUGGAAGGAGAUCAACCGGCUGGCCUCCGAAGGGAAAUGGGAUGCGAUCAACAACAAGCCCGAGAUGUGGCUCUACGGCGACGCCAAGAAGGACGCGUACUCCGUCUACCAGAUCUUUAACAAAUCGCACAACUUCUUCGACGGCACCCCCUACGGCCCGAUCCUCUACUUCAUCUGGCGGAUGGCACUUUUGGCGGCAAUCGUCAAAGUGAGCUGCCUGGUCUACGAGUUCGUCGUGCCCGAGCAGAAGCGCCUCCACUACAAAUAUCGCCACCACGGACACCACGACGACGGGCACCACGGCGGACAUCAGGAAGCCGCCGCCGCCCACCAC